AUGCCCAGGACCUUUUUGGAAUGGCAGCUUCUCGAGGCUGUCCCCUGUUUCCUGGCAGAUCUGAUGGACAACUCGGAGCUAAUUCGAAAUGUGACUCUGUGUGGGCACCUUCACCACGGCAAGACUUGUUUUGUUGACUGCCUGAUAGAACAGACACACCCAGAAAUCCGGAAGCGCUACGACCAGGACCUUUGUUACACUGAUAUAUUGUUCACUGAGCAAGAGAGGGGAGUAGGCAUCAAGAGCACACCGGUGACUAUUGUCCUGCCCGACACCAAAGGAAAGUCUUUUCUGUUCAACAUCAUUGACACUCCAGGUGAUGUCAGUUUUUCUGACGAGGUGACAGCUGGCCUUCGUAUUUCAGAUGGCGUUGUACUUUUCAUUGAUGCAGCCGAGGGGGUGAUGCUGAACACGGAGAGGCUGAUCAAGCACGCGGUGCAGGAAAGGCUGGCAGUGACUGUGUGCAUCAACAAGAUAGACCGACUGAUCCUGGAGCUGAAAUUGCCCCCUACAGAUGCUUAUUACAAACUCAGACAUAUCGUGGAUGAAGUUAACGGUCUGAUCAGCAUGUAUUCCACCGAUGAGAACCUCGUUCUGUCUCCCCUUCUGGGGAACGUGUGUUUCUCCAGUUCACAGUACAGCAUCUGCUUCACGCUGGGAUCUUUUGCAAAGAUUUAUGCAGACACAUAUGGAGAUAUCAAUUAUCAGGAGUUUGCGAAGCGGCUGUGGGGUGACAUCUACUUCAACCCGAAGACCCGCAAGUUCACCAAAAAGGCCCCAACGAGCAGUUCCCAGCGCAGUUUCGUGGAGUUCAUUCUGGAGCCCCUGUACAAGAUCUUGGCUCAGGUAUGUGGGGGUUCAUUCUCCUUCCCACAGUUGCAGGGGCCGCUGAUGUGUCACACCACGAAAAUGUACAGCACGGACGACGGCGUUCAGUUCCACGCCUUUGGCAGAGUGCUCAGCGGGACCAUCCACGCUGGGCAGCCGGUGAAGGUCCUUGGAGAAAACUACACCCUGGAAGAUGAGGAGGAUUCCCAGAUCUGCACUGUCGGGCGCCUCUGGAUCUCGGUGGCGAGGUACCACAUCGAGGUCAACCGAGUUCCUGCGGGCAACUGGGUGCUGAUAGAAGGAGUGGACCAGCCCAUAGUGAAGACUGCGACUGUCACGGAGCCCCGGGGCAACGAGGAGGCUCAGAUCUUCCGUCCUUUGAAGUUCAACACCACGUCUGUCAUCAAAAUAGCUGUAGAGCCAGUCAACCCCUCGGAGCUCCCCAAAAUGUUAGAUGGUCUCCGCAAAGUCAACAAGAGUUACCCCUCGCUUACUACUAAGGUGGAAGAGUCUGGGGAGCACGUGAUCCUGGGGACAGGGGAGCUUUACCUGGACUGUGUGAUGCAUGAUCUGCGGAAGAUGUAUUCAGAGAUUGAUAUCAAGGUGGCUGAUCCAGUCGUGACAUUCUGUGAGACAGUGGUGGAAACGUCCUCCCUGAAGUGCUUUGCUGAGACACCCAACAAGAAGAACAAGAUCACGAUGAUUGCUGAGCCUCUGGAGAAGGGACUUGCAGAGGACAUUGAAAAUGAAGUGGUCCAGAUAACGUGGAACAGAAAGAAGCUGGGUGAAUUCUUCCAGACCAAGUAUGACUGGGAUCUGCUGGCUGCCCGUUCUAUCUGGGCCUUUGGGCCAGAUGCCACUGGCCCAAACAUCCUAGUAGAUGAUACACUGCCCUCGGAGGUGGACAAGUCGCUGCUGGGCUCUGUAAAGGACAGCAUUGUGCAGGGCUUUCAGUGGGGGACCAGGGAAGGGCCUCUCUGUGAUGAACUGAUCCGCAAUGUGAAGUUUAAGAUCCUGGACGCAGUGAUUGCUCAGGAGCCCUUGCACCGGGGUGGGGGACAGAUCAUCCCGACGGCCCGCAGAGUCGUCUAUUCCGCUUUCCUGAUGGCCACCCCUCGCUUGAUGGAGCCUUACUACUUUGUGGAGGUGCAGGCUCCUGCUGACUGCGUGUCUGCAGUGUACACGGUCCUGGCCAGGCGGAGAGGUCAUGUGACACAGGAUGCCCCAAUCCCGGGCUCUCCUCUCUACACUAUCAAAGCCUUCAUCCCAGCCAUUGAUUCAUUUGGGUUUGAGACAGACUUGAGGACCCACACGCAGGGACAAGCCUUCUCGCUCUCUGUCUUCCACCACUGGCAGAUCGUGCCUGGUGACCCCUUGGACAAGAGCAUCGUCAUCCGGCCCCUGGAGCCGCAGCCAGCCCCGCACCUGGCCAGAGAGUUCAUGAUCAAGACCAGGCGUAGGAAGGGCUUGAGUGAGGACGUGAGCAUCAGCAAGUUCUUCGAUGACCCCAUGUUGCUGGAGCUGGCCAAGCAAGAUGUUGUUCUCAACUACCCCAUGUGAACGUGCUGCUGCGGCAUGAGGGCUGUCCUGAGUCCUGGCCAGUGUCUGUCUGUCCUUCCCCAUCCCCGCCUGCCCAGCCCUGGCUCCUGGAUGCUUGGGACACUCAGAGAACUGCUCCUCCUGGCUCAGGUGGCUCUUUCCUGGCUGCACAAGUCUACCUGGGCACUUGUGGACGGUGCCCUUGGGGUCUGCUACAUGCAGGGAGAAGCCCAGAGCGCUGAUGUUUUUUGUGUUAUUAGUCUUCAGCUGUUGUGGCCUCCAGCGAGGAGAUUUCCCUUUGGAUAGGCUCUCUCCGGGCACACAGGUUGUCCCUGGCUGCAGCAGAGCAGCCUGAAUAUAAUGUUGAGAUUACUAAGGACUUAGCCUAAACGUGCAUCAAGCAUUUGAGCUUUCUCCUAACCCUCUCCUUGGGCAAAGCCCAUCUUUGGGCAGCUGAGAAAGGUGGGGAUGGUGGGUGGGGGGAGCACUUCUACCAGCCUCCAGGCGAAGAGGCAAAUGUGGCUUUUACCCUUUUUGUACACCUUUUUUGAACCCUUGUAAACGUUUUAAUACAAACUUC